GUUUCUGUUGAUGUGUCGUGAUUCUCUAAUCUAAAAUAUCAAUAUUUUUAACAUAAAUGUGAGAAAAACAGUCAAUUUUAUUAAUAUUCUGGAAUUUAUUUAUUGCAUAAUUUAUUAUAUUUUAUAAGAAUUCAGAUUAUGACCGACAGAAACAUGGAAUCAAGCAGCUCUAGUUACAUGGGAAGUCAAAAUGAACACAUAAAGAGUAUAAUUCACAUUGAUGUUGACUGCUUUUAUGCUCAAGUAGAAAUGAUACGAAAUCCAGAAUUGCGGUCUCAACCCUUGGGAAUUCAACAGAAAAAUAUAGUUGUGACCAGUAAUUACGAAGCGCGAAAGUUCGGCAUUCAGAAGUGUAUGCUUGUUUGUGAUGCUUUGAAAGCGUGUCCGAAUUUAAAACUAGUUAAUGGUGAGGAUUUACGUGAGUAUAGAACAGCGUCCAGUAAAAUUUUUAUGGUUCUACAGAGUUGGAAAUGCCCCGUUGAGAAACUAGGAUUAGAUGAGAAUUAUAUUGAUGUCACAAAUUUAGUCAAAGAAAGAUUAAAAAACACAAGCAACAGCAUCACAAUAUCAGGUCAUAUUUACAAUGAACCGAGUGUAGAGUGCACUUGUGGUUGCCAUACAAGAUUAAAAUUAGCAUCCCAAAUUGCCAAUGAAAUGAGAUACAAAAUAUAUGAUGAAUUAGGUUUUACAACUUGUGCGGGGAUCGCUCACAACAAACUAUUGGCCAAACUUGUAUGUCCUCUUCACAAGCCUAAUGACCAAACUACAAUCUUCCCCGAAGAUGGUGUUAAUUUUAUGUCUAAUUUACAAAGUGUCCGUUCUAUACCGAGUAUUGGUUUGAAAACCACAGAAGCUCUCAUUUCACAAAAAAUUAUUACAGUCAGUGACCUGCAACAGGUAUCUAUGGAAUUGUUGAAAAAACACUUUAGCGCAGACAUGGCUGUCAGACUGAAGACUUUAAGUUUAGGUGAAGAUAAUACUCCAGUGAAACAAACGGGCAGGCCUCAAAGUAUAGGUUUAGAAGAUAGCUUUAAAACAGUUAGUGUUAAGAGUGAAGUGGAAGAAAAAUUUGCUGCAUUGCUCCAGAGGUUACUUAUUUUAGUUAGAGAAGAUGGACGCAUUCCAGUUUCAUUGAGGGUUACACUUAGAAAGAAAGAUGUCAAGAGAUUGAGUAGCCACAGGGAGUCCCGGCAGUGUCAAGUGUCACCCUCAAUAUUCACAAUUAACAAUGGUGCCCUUACUGUCACAGAAGCCGGACAGCAGAAGCUAAUGAGUACAAUUAUGAGAUUAUUCACAAAAUUAAUUGAUCUCUCUAAACCAUUCCAUUUAACUCUUGUGGGACUGGCAUUUACAAAAUUUCAAGAGAGAAUGACCGGUAGAAGUUCCAUUGUUAAUUAUUUGAUGAAUGAUAUAUCAGUACAAUCAGUUUUAAACAUUCAAAAUGACUGUGACACCUCAACAUCAAUGGAUUAUUCAGCAGUGUCUCCCAGUAGUAGCACUACCACCGACUUAUCUGAUGCAGAAGUUGAGCCUUCACCAAAAAAACCUAAAAAGGUAACAUGGAUUGCAAAACGAAGAUGUUUGUCAAAAGAAGAAAUUGCAUCUCCGAGUAAACUAAAAGUUGGUGAGCUUCGUUUGAAUUCAAAGGAAUUGGAGAAAGUCUCUGAGCUAAGAUUGAACUCACGAGACAGGUCACUGACCCCACGAGCCAGUCCAGCUAGAGAUAUGUCAGAUAAUUCUGAGGCAAUGAAAGAUGUCGCUGAAGGUGGAAACUGUGGGGACUGCCCCAGUUAUGUUGAUAAAGAAGUGUUCAAUGCCCUUCCGGAAGACAUGCAGCAUGAGUUGAAAGCUAUGUGGAAAAAUCCCUCCAAUUCAGAGUUGCCCAGAAGUAGUCCAAGAAACAUGAACAAAUCAAAAUCGAACACUCUGUUGAAAUACUUUGUUCCAAACAAAUAGUAUUAGUAAGAUUUUAUCUUGUUAAUUAUUUAAAUGAUAAGUGAAUGGUUUCUAUUUUUUCAAAUCAUACAAUUUUUAUUCAACUGAUCAAAUACAUGUUUAUGUUAUAAAA